CAGCCACCGCCGUUCACGCUCUCAACAACUGCUUUCUGGUUCUGACAAAGUGGUCGACAACACAUGCAUCUCGACGAGGAGAUCUAGCACUGUACCAAAUCCCGUAGCAACAGAAGCUGGGACCCAACAAACAUGGACGCCGUCUCCAAACCCGCUCUUGCAUUUGAGUCGGCUUUUACGCGGAGGAGCAUUAUAGCCUCGUAUUUUCUCGUCAUUUUUCUGGCCUUGCCUCUCUGGUGGAAAACUACUAGCAUCGAACGGCAAGCCCUGCCCGUAUCACGGGUCUAUGCAGCGACUGGAAGAGAGCUCGCCUUCCCCAUUCAUGUCGCCCUCGAUACCAGGAACUGUGAGGUUGGCACGGACACGAUCGUUCAGGAGGUACGGCAUCAUGUCGAGAACAACGGGGAGUUCAAGCAGAACGGUCUGUCAGUGGAAGUAUCCUCCGCAACGGCAACUGCGAAUGACUAUCAGGUCGUUCUUCGUCCGGGGACGCGCGAUCCCAUCGUCGAUGGCCGUAAGGUCACGGUCGAAGUUGCACCAGAACACGCGGGCGUGGCGGCACUGCAACUCGCUGAUACAUUGGCGACUUUGCUCACGCCCUAUACCAGUCUGCGGAGCUCGCAAGCUGAGCGCGUUGUGACGUACUCGCCGCGCUACCGGUUAGCGUUCACUCUUCUGAACGAAGAUGCUGCUGCAGGCAACGCUGCGUUGUCCUGGGACGUACAGAACGCUCUUGCCGCGCAACUAUCGCCGUUGCUUGAGCGCCUUUCCGUGUUGCACAACUUCACGAUUGAGAGUCAAGUACAAUACCAUGGACCCCUUGCCUUUGAGCCCCGUGCACUGCAAGUGGGUGAACAGAUCGAGCAUGGCUUAACGCCUGGGGACCUCACCGUUUUUGUCAAUUCCGCCGAGUGGACGCUAUCAUCAAGUGUCUCAAAUGAUCCAGUAUUGCAUUUCGUCGCUUUCAUACCGUCCUCGAAGCACAGUCCACUUCGCAUCGUGGACAGUAACGGCUUGCCGACGUCAUCGAAUGCUUUCAUACUUCCUCAAUGGGGCGGUAUCAUCAUCCAUAACCCCCAGUCGACCGGUAUCGUGCCAACGCUCGCAGGACGUCCGCUUGACACAAUCUUCGCGACUUUCCGCCAGCAGCUUUCGGCACUGCUAGGCGUUCCAGAGCUCCCGCCGCACGUCCACGCGCGGACUCGCGGCGUCGCAGGGGUAACUGACUGGCAGUUGGACGCACUCGUUCGCCGACGCGCUGCGGAGAACGCCGCCAGCGCGCAGGACACUCUACAGAGCAUCGUACGGCUCGUCGCGCAGAUCGAGGAUAUGCCGGUUGGCGAGGACGUCAAGGGAGACGUGCAAGACGCGCUUGCAGCCCUUGAUCAGGCAUACUCGACCGCGCCAUCGUCCUCGACUGAAGCACUGACCUUCGCAAGCAAGGCGCAAUCUGUGGCGUCGCGCGCAUUCUUCAACCCAGGGAUGCUCGCGCUGUUGUACUUCCCCACGGAGCACAAGUGGGCGGUGUACGCCCCAUUGUUCGCGUCCGUCACUGCCCCUCUCCUGGCUUCCCUUAUCCGGGAGGUGUUAGCGUGGAAGAAGGAGAGGAAAGCGAAGGCGAGAGGGCCACAGCCGGUGGACAGCCAGAGGCCAAAGGCGGAGUAGGGCUUGUAGUGGUAAAGCUGCGUGUUUUGGAAGGCAUAGGUUGUUCUUUAUGUAUGUCCUCUGCGGGCGACAGGAGUCACAGUAACAAACCUUGUCACAGACGAUAUCGAUGGAGAAGCCAGAACAGCUCGGCAGCCUGACAGGUCUGCACAAAGCGUGUAAAGCAGAUGCCUAGAUGUAUCCUUUCAGUGACCAGGUAUCAGGAGUCUCGAUUCGCACCUCC